UUUUUUUUAUCAUUUGUGUGCUUUUAUGAGAGCUUUACAAUUUUCAUCUAAUUAAGUCUUGUUUCUUGUUUUUGAUUAAUUAUAAUUAUUUAUCUUUGAAAUUACUUUGUUUGCUUAUCUUUAUCUUCCUCUUUCUUGUAUGAAUUUUAUUUCUUUAGGUUUAUCAAAGAUUAAAGCCGAUGAAUAGUGUUGGAGAAGAGUGUAACGAUCUGAAAAGAGAGUACGAUCAAUGUUUUGACGACUGGUUUACUAAUAAAUUUCUGAAAGGAAUUGACCAGGAUACCUGUGAAGCCCUGUUUAAGAAAUACCAAAAGUGCGUACUCAAUGCGAUAAAGAGCAAAAAGAUUGAUCUAACCAUCGUUAAUCAAUGAAACAAAAGAGCUGGUCGCCAUCAAAUCCUAGUGGUGGUGGAAGCAAUUCUUCUGAUGAUAGUGUAAUUGAAUCAACUGAGAACGAUUCACUAUUAUAUUCAAGGAGUUCCAAAGCAAGAAUAGACCGAUCAACCUACCUUCUUCCCCUCGGUAACCGAAGGCCCAGCCUGGGCUCGGACCAACUUGCCCCAUCCUCAUCUUUAUUCAAACGUUUCAGUUGCCUGUGUUGCCUUUGUAAUUGUUUCUCAUCAUUACUCAGCAAGAUGGGUGGACUAUUGUGUCGUAAAAAACAUUAUGAAGCUCGCACUGUUGCCAUCGGUCGACCCAAUGCUCGUGACAAAUAUCCAACUAACAUUAUUCGCAAUCAAAAAUAUAACAUUGUCACCUUUUUACCUGUUGUUCUCUUCAAUCAGUUCAAAUUUUUUCUCAACCUUUAUUUCCUUCUCAUGGCUUGUUCACAAUUCAUACCUGAAUUUAAAGUAGGCUUGUUGUACACUUACUGGGCUCCUCUGGGUUUUGUUUUAGCAGCCACUUUGAUUCGUGAAGCUGUUGACGAUAUAUUAAGAUAUAAGCGAGACAAAGCAGUCAAUUCACAACUUUACAGAAUUUUAACACCUGAUGGUGUAGUUGCUCUUCCCAGCUCUAAAAUUAGGGUUGGUGAUAUCAUCAUUGUUGACAAAGAUCAACGAGUACCUGCAGAUAUGGUUUUUCUUAAAACAAGUGAAAAGAAUGGUGCCUGUUUCAUUAGAACAGAUCAACUUGAUGGUGAAACAGAUUGGAAAUUGCGACUUGCUGUGCCAGCAACUCAAGAAUUUGAUUCUAUUGAAGAAAUAUUUAAAUGUGAUGCACUAGUUUAUACUGAAGAACCUCGUCUCGAUAUCCACAGUUUUAAUGGUAAAUUUACUUUGAAUGAUGCUGCCAUUUCUCUGGGAAUCGAGAAUACACUUUGGGCAAAUACUGUUAUCGCCUCAGGUACAGCUACUGGUGUUGUAAUCUAUACAGGACCUGAGACAAGAAGUGUCAUGAAUAAUUUGGAGCCAAGAAGUAAAGUGUGUUUAUUAGAUAUAGAAGUUAACGAGCUCACCAAAGUGCUAUUUAUGGCAGUUGUUGUUCUUUCUACUGCUAUGAUUUGCUUAAAAGGCUUCAACGGUCCAUGGUAUCGAUAUUGGUUCCGUUUUCUUCUUCUCUUCUCUUACAUCAUCCCUAUCUCAUUGAGAGUCAACUUGGAGAUGGGACGUGUUGUCUAUUCUUACAUGAUUCAAAGGGAUAUUGAAAUUCCAGGAACUAUUGUGCGAACAACCACCAUUCCUGAAGACCUGGGUAGAAUAUCUUACUUGUUAACAGAUAAAACUGGUACUCUCACUCGUAAUGAAAUGGUUUUCAAAAAGAUACAUUUAGGCAAAGUCUCUUACACACCAGAAUAUUUUGAUGAAGUUGCUGCUAUUUUGCGAGCAGCCUUUUCACCUCAAAAUCAGCCUCACCAUGGAAGUCAUCGUAGACAAGAUAGUUCAGCAUCCAAUAUAUCAAUAUCAUCAGAGAAAAGAUUUCAUGCCAAACAUAUUCGUGUCGAUUCAUACGAAAUCGAUCGAGAUACUAUUUAUAGAGUUCAAUCUGCUGUCGCAGCCAUUGCUCUUUGUCAUAAUGUUACACCUUCAUAUGACAAUGAUCUUGACUCAUUCAAUGCUGGUAAUAGUUCAGCAACUAUAGAUUUACUUGGGGGAAGUAACACAUCACUUUCAGGCAAUCCAUCAGUUGCUAUACCUCUAUCAAUGAGAGGCAUCUCUUAUCAAGCAUCGAGUCCUGAUGAAGUUGCUUUGGUUCAGUGGACUGAAAAAGUUGGCCUUGCUUUGGUUCACCGAGACCUUAAUUCAAUGAAACUCCGAAAUCCUCUUGGAAUGAUUAUGAACUAUGAAAUUCUUCAAAUUUUUCCAUUCUCCUCUGAAACUAAAAGAAUGGGUAUUAUUGUCCGAGAUAUGGCAACAAAGGAAAUUAUUUUUCUUCUGAAAGGAGCCGAUGUUGUCAUGAAUCAAAUUAUUCAAUACAGUGACUGGUUACAAGAACAAUGUGAUAAUAUGGCUCGAUCUGGUCUUAGGACAUUAGUGGUUGCCCGAAAAUUCCUCAGUGAAGAUCAAUAUGCUGAUUUCCAAUUCAGAUAUCAUCAAGCUAAACUCUGCCUUCAUGAUAGAGCAGCAAGAAUGGGAUCUGUACUCGCAACUUUAGAAAAAGACAUGGAACUUCUUUGUUUAACAGGUGUAGAAGAUAGAUUACAAGAAGGAGUACCGACAACAUUGAAAGGGUUACAAGACGCUGGUAUAAAAAUUUGGAUGUUGACUGGUGACAAAUUAGAAACAGCUCAAAGUAUCGCCAAAGCUUCCCAGCUUGUUAAGAGGAUGCAAGAAAUGUAUGUUUUCCGGCCAAUUGAGUCAAGAAGUGAAGCAAAUAUGGAGUUGAACAACUUUAGGCGUAAAAAUGACUGUCCACUUGUUAUUAGGGGUGAAGAUUUAGAAAUAUGUUUGAAAAAUUAUCCUCAAGUUUUCAUGGAAAUUUCUUGUCAAUGUCCCGCUGUUAUCUGUUGCCGUUGUUCACCAACACAAAAGGCUGAAGUAGUUCGUCUCAUUCAAAAUUACACUGGACGACGUGCUUGUGCAAUUGGAGAUGGAGGUAAUGAUGUUUCGAUGAUCCAAACAGCAGCCAUUGGUAUUGGUAUUGUUGGUAAAGAAGGUCAACAAGCUUCUCUUGCCGCAGACUUUUCCAUUACUCAGUUUAAUCACAUUUAUCGUCUCAUUCUUCUCCAUGGACGUUACAGUUACAAAAGAUCAGCCCAAUUAUGCCAAUUUAUUAUCCACCGUGGUCUUAUUAUAUCAACCUUACAAGCUAUUUUCUCUUCUAUUUUCUAUUUCGCUUCUGUUGCUCUUUACCCAAGUUUACUCUUGGUCGGAUAUGCAACACUUUACACCAUGUUCCCCGUUUUCUCCUUGGUACUGGACAAAGAUGUACCACCUCAUCUAGUCAUUCGUUACCCAGAGCUGUAUAAGUUAAUGAAAGGUCGAUCAUUAACGUACAAAACCUUUUUCAUUUGGGUAUUAAUCAGCAUCUACCAAGGAGGCGUAAUCAUGUAUGGUGCAAUGUUGCUAUUUAAUGAUGAGCUAAUCCAUGUGGUUGCAAUAACCUUCACCUCGGUCAUCCUUACUGAGUUACUGAUGUUGGCUUUUACUGUUCGUACAUGGCAUUGGCUAAUGAUUGUCGCCGAGUUCAUUAGUUUAUCCUUUUACUUGAUGACCCUGAUAAUAUUUCCCCAAUACUUCGACGAAACGUUCAUCCAAACUCGUGCCUUCCUAUGGAAAGUAAUCCUAUUAACUAUUGUCAGUUGUUUACCCUUGUACAUUUUGAAGUUUUUGCAUAGGAAGAUCGCCCCGCCAAGUCACUGUAAAUUGACUUAAUUGUAUUAGAAACAUCGUUUGAUGUGCUUUCUCUUCUCCUCCACUUUUACUUUCUCCUCUUUCCUUUUCAUUCUCUUGUCUCUAUCUACAUACAUAUACGCAUACAAAUAUUCCCAUUCUCUUAUUUUUCUCUCUAUCUCUCGGCCUUUUGUAUGAAUGAUAUUAUGUGCUGAGAAAAAAACUAAAAAUAUCUUUUUGAUUAAUUUAAAUCAACAAUAUUCAAGCCCAACGGAAAAACAAGCCUUCAAUCAAUGCUUGGCCACUGAAAUAUAAAUGGAAUCAAUAUCAAAAACCAUUCGUCAUCUGAUGAAAUAAAACCAACCAGAGUAAAUAUUAUCUAUUGAAGAUCAGCAAAAGUGUUAAGCCUCCCAAUUAUGUAAAAUUCAGCUCAACAAAUGAUCCAAAGGAA